GAGUGAAAGUGGUGAGUGUACAUGAGUAGUGACAACAUUUACAGCAAAAUAAGGAACUAGAAGUGAUCAUCAGAGUCAGGGAGGACACAGGAAGUCUCCUUGGGCUGUUUUGCAAGUCCAUGCUCUGUUACUGCCAGUAAGGAGUUUUUUUUGCACUUUAUAAACUGAUUUUGAAAAACAGGAACUGGCCUUUGCUGACAAUAUGGGGGACGAGCAACAUAGAGAGCCUGUUAUUGAAGAUAUACAGGUGAAAGUGCUUUAUGAAAAUGAAGCAUCAUCUGGGCCCGAUGAGAAGGCUGCCUACCCUCCUGUUGGAACUAACUCCAUCUACUCUGCCAUUCUGAGCCGAAACGAGGCUGUCAAGGAUGCCACGCGACUAAAGACCUUUUUGGAACUUCGAGACAAAUACGUGAAGAAGAAGGUGGUGUUUGAAGACCCCCUGUUUUCUGCAAAUGACUCCUCACUCUUUUACAGUCACAAACCCACCAUGAAGAUUGAGUGGAAACGUCCCUCGGAAAUAUGUGACGACCCCCAGUUCAUUGUAGAUGGAGCCAACAGGACAGACAUCUGUCAAGGAACAUUAGGUGACUGCUGGCUGCUCGCUGCCAUCGCCUGCCUCACUGUGAACGAGAAGCUGCUGUACAGAGUGAUCCCCCCCGACCAGAGCUUCACCGAAAACUACGCCGGCAUCUUCCAUUUCCAGCUGUGGCGUUAUGGAGAAUGGAUCGAUGUGGUGGUGGACGACCGUAUCCCCACCUGCAACAACCAGCUGGUCUUCACCAAAUCUUUCAGGAAGAACGAGUUCUGGAGCGCUCUUCUGGAAAAAGCUUAUGCCAAGUUGCACGGAUCGUAUGAAGCCCUUAAAGGGGGCAACACUUUGGAGGCCAUGGAGGAUUUCACCGGAGGGGUUACAGAGUACUUUGAGUUGUCUGAAGCCCCCAAAGAGCUCUACAGCAUCAUGAGGAAGGCGCUGGACAGGGGCUCGCUGAUGGGCUGCUCCAUAGAUAUCACUUCAGCCAAUGAGAUGGAGUCUCGGACUGAACAGGGUCUGGUCAAAGGUCAUGCUUACUCCAUCAUAGGCCUGGCAGAGUGUGACGAGGUGGCAAAGGAUACCAAGAUUCGCCUGAUUCGCUUACGCAAUCCCUGGGGCUGGGUGCUGUGGAAAGGACCAUGGAGUGCAAAUUCAAAGGAAUGGUCGACCAUUUCCACGGCUGAAAAGGAAAACCUAAAAAAACAGACUGUAGAGGAGAGUGAGUUCUGGAUGGCUUUUGAUGAAUUCAAGAAGAACUUCACAAAGCUGGAAAUGUGUAAUCUGACUCCCGACACCUUGCAGUGUGAGGAGAGGACCAGUUGGACAGUGUCGGUCAACGAGGGUCGCUGGGUGCGAGGCAGCUCUGCCGGCGGCUGCAGGAACAACAAAAACACUUUCUGGACGAACCCUCAGUAUCGGUUGCAGCUGUCCGAGGAGGACGACGACCCUGAGGACCGCCAGGCGGCCUGCACCGUGGUCGUGGCUCUGAUGCAGAAAGGUCGCAGGAUGCAGCGCCACCAAGGGGCCAAGUUCUUCACCAUUGGAUUUUCCAUCUACGAGGUGCCCAAGGAGAUGCUUGGACAGAAUCAACACCUGCAGAAGGACUUCUUCCUGUACAACGCCUCCAAAGCUAAAUGUAAGACCUACAUUAACCUGCGCGAGGUGACGGAGCGCAUCCAUCUUCCUCCAGGAGAGUACGUCAUCAUCCCCACCACCUUUGAAGCCCAUCAGGAGGGGGAGUUCAUCCUCAGGGUCUUCUCUGAGAAGCAGAACAUUACCGAGGAGGAGGAUAGCGUUGGGUCUGACAAAACACAGCAAGACACGAAAAAGAAGGAGAAGCCUAUUGUAUUUGUGUCAGACAGAGCAAAAGCCAACAAAGAAAUCGAGCAUGACGGCAUUCGGGGAGAGAAGAAGAACAAGAAGCCCAAGAUAAAUCUACUCCAAGAAGAGGAGGAGACUGAGGAGGAAAAAAGGUUCAGAGCCAUUUACCAAACGAUUGCUGGAGAUGACAUGCAGAUCUGCGCUAACGAACUCAAGACGGUCAUGAAGAACGUGCUCUCUAAACAUAAUGACAUAAAGACAGAGGGUUUCAGCCUUGAGACAUGUCGGAGUAUGAUCGCCUUGAUGGAUACUGAUGGUACGGGGAAGCUGAACCUGCAGGAGUUCAAACACUUGUGGAAAAAGAUCAAGGAGUGGCAGCUGAUCUUCAGAAAAUACGAUAAAGACAAAUCUUGCUCCAUCAGUAGUUUUGAGAUGAGGAACGCUGUUAAUGAUGCAGGGUUCCACCUGAACAAACAGCUGUAUGACAUCAUAGCCAUGCGCUACGCGGACGAACACCUCAACAUCGACUUCGACAGUUACAUCUGCUGCUUCGUGAGACUAGAGGGCAUGUUCAGAGCUUUUAACGCCUUCGACAAAGACGGAGAUGGAGUAAUAAAGCUCAAUGUGCUGGAGUGGCUUCAGCUGACCAUGUAUUCUUAAGUGACCUUCCCGAGCGCUGACACGUGGAGCUGAUGUUCAUGACUUCAGACUUCAUCUCUUCUUGCACAUACUUUUUGCGACAUCUAAAUCUUUUUCACAAAUCAGAUGUUUGAUUGCGAAUCAUAUCCGGAUUUGAUGUGGAAUUUAGAUUUCUCAGAUCAUUCAAACUAUGAUGGUGUAAAUGUAAGGUCAAUGUUAUGUCACUUAUGUUAAUGUGUCAGCAUCAAUCAUGUUUUGGGCAGUGACGUUGUUAAGAAUAUUUGGUUUGCAAUGCUAAAACUUUGGGUAUCAUUGUUAAGUAAUGUUUGAAUAUGAACCAAAAUGUAACCUUUUGUAUGACAGCAUUUUUAGAGAAUAUAUAAUGUUUUCAAAAAAGCAGAGGAACAUUUUCUAGAUUAUAUUUUUUACUGCUGUACACAUACAGUAGGUAUGAAACACAAAUCAAAUACACACUGUACAGUGGACAGUAUAACAUAGAAAAAUGAAGGCAUGACUUUAAAACGGCUCUCUUAGAAGGUACUCUGGACAGUUUGGUCUUACAACUUUCACCUCCACUUCUUCCAUUGCCAAAAACAAAGUUCUCAAACAUAUGAAGGGAUACAGGGGACAAGUACGAUGCCUACCGUUCAUCUCUGAAAUGUAACAAUGUAAAAGUGAUCAAUAUGUAAUGAAGCAUAAGACAACA